CUCAACUGUGAUCGGACACACACCCCUCCUGGGUGAUGCUGUUAUGUAAAAUACGCUACACUGCCCAAAAAAAUGUGUAUAUAUAUGUUUUUACAUGCGAAGAAAAUAGUUCUGAGAUGUUUUACCUGCUUUGAAGCCCGGGUCUGCUGAGAAUUGGUACACGUUUCACAGCCAGUGCAACAGAGUAGCUUAGCUACAGCACUUGGGUUUCUGGCGAGCAGCCUUAUUUGUCACUGGUGCGCAACUGAAAACUGCCACACAGUGCAGUUAGGUUGUACAGUGCAAUAACGGAUAAAGCGACGUGUAUCUCUACACUUUAGCCCGCCCCAAUCAACGGUAUCAACUCGUGUGUGGAAAUAGGUCCGUGUUUGAGUUGAUGUAGCUAACACUAGGGAGUACCUUUCGGCGAAUAGGAUGAUGCUUGGAGUUGUUUACUUCUUUCGUCGAUUGUUUUUGGGGGGUCCUCGAAAAGAGUGUGGAAAGGCUAGAGGAAGCCACAUCUAAUUCGGCGACAUUGACGUUCGCUGAGACAAGCACUUCAAGUAAAGAGCAGAAUCCAGCAGCCCCAGCAUCGGACAACUAGCUAGCUAGAUAGUUCGUAGUUGUUAGCUAUCCACCUCUGUUAAACAACAAGGUGUCCUGGAGAGUAUUAUACCAAUAUUGCAGAUUGUUAGCGUGCCAAUUAGGACAGGAGUGCCACGGAGACCCAUACGGAGACCCAUACGGGCCUAGUGGUGCAGCAUGUGAUGACCCACGCCCAGAACAAAGGUUCUCUUAGCCAGAGUCGUAGCACAGUGACGCAGGAACACUGCCCCGAUAGGCCACAUGGUGAGACCAUGGGCGGGGCCUGGCCUGAGCGCACGCUGCGAUUCGGCAGGACCAUGAAGAAGGGCGGAACUAAGCGAGGAAGGGGCGGGGUUAAAGAGAUGAUGGACAGGAGGGAGAAGACUCCGGAGCGGAAUAGGAGGCGGAGCAGGAAAUCUUAUCCCUUACGAGGAAGGGGAGGUGCUCCGGAGGAGGAGGGACUUAGCUGUCACGUUUUGCUCACCCGACUGGAGAAGGAUAUCCAGGAGCAGGAGGACACCAGUGAGAGGGGGAAUGAUUCGCCAACUCAACCGUCCGUCAAUCCUGAAUCGCGGAGCAAGAAACUGGACAAAGGAAAAGACAAAGCCAAGGGGAAAGUCCUGGCAAAGAAGAUGAUACCAAAAACUAAAUCAAAAAGCACCAGUGAUGAGCAGGGGUCGCCAUUUCCAGAGCCACGUAAGCGACGGCUAGCUUCUCUCAACGCUGAGGCUGUGAACAGUCUGCUGUUGGAGAGACCUAACGAGACCCAGCCGGCUUCUAAACAGGCCAGGAGACAGCAGGAUGAGCCUACCAGCGGUGAGUCGUUCCUGGGGACAGAUGCAGCCAGGCGCGGGGUGACCGGCAGUCCUAUUGCUCCAAGAGACAGCAGCAAGGCCUCCGCAUCGCACAAGCCUGACCCGUGCCAAAGCUCCAGGAAGACUAAGAAGGUCUCCAAGAAACCGGCCAAACCAGACAGAGGACAGAAGAAAGAGAUGAUGACUUUACAAAUGUUACACACCCCUGCUCCCCGACGGCUAGCUGGACUCAACGCUGCCGCGCUGCUAAGGUUAACGAGCACCUCGGCGACUAGCAAACAGCGAGUGAAAACGACAUCAACGACUACGACGAUGGACUGCAAGGCUACGAGCACCGCAUCAGUUGACGUGAAGCAGAAGCAACCGCAACGGCGACCGAAUCUUAAAACGUGCAGUCGCCAGCCUAAGCAGAAGGGAAGGCAGUUGAUUCCAGAAGAGGUAGGCUGUUCUGCCUGCAAGAAGUCCAACUUCAAGAAGCCCAAAGUGGAGUGGGAGUCUGGCGGUUGCACCCACCGGCUAACCAAACCAGGCUACCAGUCGCGCAGCAUGCUAGCCUACCCGUUGAAGCCCGUCGUCAAAGAGGAGCAGGUGGAGGCAGAGCUGAGCCCAUACUACUGCUGUCCCCCGGAGGGCUCUGUGGAGUACUGCCAUCGCCUGGCCUUGUUCCUGGGUCAGCAGGCCUACGCCGACUCUGAAGAACGACCUUUAAACUCUGCCCUAACCUCUGUGAAACGGGAGUGCCUAGUGACGUCACCCUCCCAUCCCCACUCCCAUGCAGCCCUGACCCUCAGCCCCCACCCCUGCCUCUGCACCGCUGACCCCGCCUGCUUCUCCAGCUACUACGUCCACAUCGCCCAUCCUACACACCCUGGAGCUCCAUCAGCCAACCUCAGCUCGCGACCUCUGAACUUUGGCUCCUCGACACUGUGUCCCGGUAGGGUGUCUGGCUCCAAGCUGCUGGGUCCUCCGGUGUCCCAUUCCUCGACACUGGCCCAUCCUGCCUUCUGUGGCUCAGUGGGCACUCCCUGCUACAGCGAGGCCUGUCGGGUCAGCGGCUACACAUACAGAGCCAUGCAGCCGGUCAACAGCAGGGGUUGCUCUUUCUCCACAGGCUGCUCCGGGUGUACACACAGCAUCAAGACAGAGGGUUACUCCUCCCCCCAGGGUGACCACAACCCCUCCCUUCUGGUUUCUCCCUCACUCCCCCUCUCAGGCUGUCCCCUCCCUACCACCCCCUCCUCCACCCAGGCCAAGCCCCGUCUCCUCACCCCCCUGUCUGACCGCAGUGUGCCCCAGGCCAGGCUGAAGCUGGCCAGGGAGUGCCCUCAGGGCUCCAAGCCCCCUAAUGGCUCUCUGUCCAUGGGGAGAACCAGGCUGUCCCAGAAACAGGCAGCUCCGACACACAACCUAUCUCCCGCCAAGCAGAAGCGGGUCAGCCACCGCCGGGCCACCAACGGGUGGCUGCCUGUAGGAGUGCCCACAGAGAAAGAAGUGUUCAUUGCGGGGGAGGACGAGACGGCCUUACGGCAGUGUUAUGAAGGAGUACAGAGAGACGGCGAAGUGAUACGUGUCCGAGACACAGUGCUGCUGCGCGCCGGUCCCCGGAAGAAGUCCCUGCCCUACGUCGCCAAGAUAUCAGCGCUAUGGGAGGACCCCAAAUCUGGAGAGCUGAUGAUGAGCCUGUUCUGGUACUAUCGACCUGAACACACACAGGGAGUCCGAGACCCCAGCAUGCACUGUGAGAAUGAGAUUUUUGCAUCUCGGCAUCAAGACGAGAACAGUGUGGCCUGCAUCGAAGACCGAUGCUAUGUUCUCCCAUUAGCGCAGUACUGUCGAUUUUGUGCCUUGGUGAAGCGGCGUGCAGAGGGUGUGCCCCCAGGCGCUGCCAGAGUGGUCCCCUGCCCCUCAGACUUCGACCCCCCCGACCACCGCCAGGUGCCCGCCGACAUAGACCCUGAACUGGUGUACCUCUGCCGCCACGUCUACGACUUCCGCUACGGACGCAUCCUGAAGAACCUGCAGUAGGGGACAGCAGAGGACAGGCAGACUGACCAACCGUAGUGGAGCACACUCACUCCUUCUCAUGGGGCUGAAGGAUGAGAGGGGGAACCCCUGAAGGGUUUUGGGUGUCCCCUGAACUGGAGGGAGGGCUGCUGAAGGAUCAAGUAUUGGAGGGGGACCACUGAUAUCUGAAUCCCCAGAAUGGUGUUGAAGGAGUGGGUACUGAAGUACCUUACCCCCUUUUACAACUGUUACUAGGGAGGUGAAGUUUUGACCCCCUCAACUGGAACUAGAACUGUACUGGCUUGGACAGAAGGGAGAGAUUUGCUAGCUGUCCUGGUUAACCAUGUCCUGCUAUACCAGGGCUCGUCACCAUGUGCAUGGACAGCCAUGUUGGUGACCUAACAAGAGGAAGAACUGUGCUACCAGAGCCAUACAGGGCUCGUCAUGACAUUGAUGUUAGAGCCUGAUGUGAUGACAACGUUCUUCUUCAUUUGUGUUUGUCUCUGUGGCAGCUGUGAUCGAGAGGGCACUUGCAGCUUGAACACACACACACACAAUGAGGUUUUGUGUGUGUGUGUGUGUGUGUGUGUGUGUGUGUGUGUGUGUGUGUGUGUGUGUGUGUGUGUGUGUGUGUGUGUGUGUGUGUGUGUGUUCAGUCUGUUGGCUACAGUGAAACCACAGGUGCAGGUUCACAAAGGAAGUGGAAGUCUCACCUUCCCUUCCUGCAUUGUCCGAACAGAACACAACACACUAUUCUGAAGUACCCUCAGCGCUGGCUGAGUCUCUUAUCAUACCCUAUUCCCCAUAAAGUGCAUUACUUAGCAGAUAAAUGUUACUGUAUAGCAGGGUUCCCCAAUAGGCAGCCCCCCAAGUUUUCGGAACAAAAUUAUUUUAUUUAUUUAUUUUUAAAUACUGAUUGUUGUGGGACAUAAAAAAACGGUAAAAUCAGCUCGACGUGAUUUUAAUUUAGGAAAUCUGUCCAAGUAUUCCCACUCAUAAAUGGAGAUGAUCAUAUCCCAGUGUAAUCAAGGUUUGAAAUUAUGUUUUUAUCAAAUACUAUAUCUGUUUGGGAUACUUGUGGUCAAUUUGCAGGGUACAAAUAAUUUAUAACCAUCUACUGACUCCCCGACGAUCCGCUUAAGAAGAAAUUGUCCCCGGCUGAAUGUAAUUGGGAACCCCUGCUGUAUCGGGCUUUGGUCAAAGACAGGGCACUAUAUGAAGAAUAGGGUCAUGUGAGAUGAAAUCCCCCCCUGACCCCCUUUUUCUGUUCCGAAGAACAGGACCGUCGUCAUGCUUUUGUCCAACGGUCCAAUGGAGAGCCCCCUUACUGUGGAGGGCUAACCUCUCCCAUGCUCUGCAUUGGCCUAUCAGAUGGAGGGUUGUUGAUGUCAGUGCCCACAUCUUUGGAGUGUUCAGAAGUCUGAAACAUUCCAGAACGUUCAAAUGGAAAUGUAACGUAUUGCAGAAACCAUUGUUUACUAUACAUGUCUAUCUUAACUUUCUGUAAUGUUGCACUCUCCUGAACGCGACCCUGUUGUUCCCAUGACUUGCCUUAUGACUUGCAGGUAGAGCUUUAGGCAGCUAGUCCCACCCAAUUAGAAAUUGGAUGAGUAGAAUGGAAAAAGUACAAAACCACAGACAAAAUCCACAUAGAUUUCACCCCGGUCAACACUCUGUUGUUUGAGUAUAACACUGAGAAAGGCUUGGUUUCCUCAGAGAUUCCUGAGUGAUAAGCAUUUUAUUCAACAUUACAACAUGGUACAUCCAAUAUGGCUGCUGGUCCACAUGUUGUGGAUCUUUGUCCAUUCUACUCAUUCUACUUCUAUCCCCCCAUCCCUUUCCAUCCUUCGAAGCUCCGCCCUCUCCAAGAUAAACCAAAGGAUGUCACGAAGCAGAGCACCACCACUCCUCUCCUUCUUCUCUUGUCCUCUUCCCGCCUCUCGUCUCCUCCCUCCCUUGUUAGAUUGCACUAAUCCAUUACUGAAUUACAACGUCUAUGAUUGUGUUCUGAUUUAUGUUAAGCUACUAAUAUGUUAUAUUAUAACUGGGGACAAUACUGUGUAUUAUCACUGUCUGUGCGCUUAGUAGAGAAUGGAAACUAAGGCUGUGUCAUGGCAACUUUUAUCAAUGCAUAACUACUUUAUGUGUUUUACUAUUAGAGACAUCCGCCAGCAUACUAUCUAUGUGUUAGUUCAGGGGUGAAUGACCUUACUCCUAGCGAGCUACUGAGUAUGCAGGCUUUCGCUCCAGCCCUGCUCUAACAACUGAUUAGUAAAAGCAGGUGUGUUAGUUGGAGCAGGGCUGGAGCAAAAACCUGCAUAUUCAGUAGAUCUCCAGGAGGAGUGUUGGUCACCUCUGGUUUAUAUGUUACCUGCUAUCCAACCAACCUGUCAUAUCAUCUAAUGAAAUAAUAUGUACAAUGAAAAAUCAUUCCUGUAGAUUGUGGAUCCACACUGGUAUUAUUGUUGUUCAUCCACACUGUCCAGGGGGUUCGGGUGAGUUGGCAUCUUGGUGUAACUCGCUGUGCGGAAUGACGUAAUGUGAUGUUCCGGAGGUUUGGCUUGGAAUCUCUGAAAAAUGUCCUUUUGAUACGCGUUAUUGAGAUGUGUUUUAACCACAAUCAUUCAACAUUGCCUUGUAACCUUCUGCAGAAGUGUCUGUCCGUCACGUGUAGUCCUAGACAAGUGGCAGUGUCUGACUGAGUUAGUACUUCUUAAAACACUACCUUGGAUUGCUUUCUUACUGUGCAAAUGUUCUAUUGCUGGACUUUGUGCCUAAUCUGCAAAGUUUUGAAUAAUACCCAAAAGCCAUCUGAAACAUUUUCCAUUAUAACAGUUUGAGUCAUACCCCAAAAUAGCGACUAAACAAAGCUUGUAUCGGAUAAAUCAUAUAAAGGUUUAAAUUGAAAUAUUAUCAAUAGGUAUUUUGUUGCUAGUGGUGCCCAGAUUCUUUGAAAAAAAUAAUAUAUAUUCUCCUACUUUACAAUUUUUCCUUAUCGAAAAUAUUUUAUUAUGUCAAUUUCUUAAGAUGGCAUAUGCAAUAUAUUUUUCAGAGGGACUAUUUUUGACAAAUGUAUGUGUAAAUCGAGGAAGUAAAACUUUUUGAUUUUAUUUUAGCUUAGUUUUGAAUUUGAAUCACAAGUCAUAAAUUGAGAUUUGACCAAAUACCUGGAAGACGAGAAAUGGGAAGGGUUAGGUUAUGUUUUGGUUAAUUUCUGACUAUAAGGGUUGGUGCAAGAUCUGAGGUCCGUACCUAAAAUAUGUUGGUUACCCUUUAUUUUACAGUCCAGUAUUCACUUGGGCCCAGAUUCACAAAACAUUUCAUAAGAUUGUCAUAAGUACAAUUCCUCAACAAUAUCUUAAGAUUUAAUGAUUUUCUUACAAACUUCUCAAAUAUCUUCUUUACAAAUCAUCUUAAAAUGUUUGUUGCAAGGCAACCGUUUUAACUAGCUAUCUAGCUUGUAUGCCAAUGAUGUUAGCAUAUUUCUUCCUGAGAUUACUGUUCUAAAACAUGUUUUGGGGUUUCAAAUAAUAAGUUUGUGUGAAUUAAACAUGUUCAAUUGCUUUCAUGAGGUUUUCUCUCACUGCCCUGAGUUUAAGACGAGGGUUUAGCUAUCUUGGAAUUAACAUUUCCAGGAACUUUAUUUAAGAAUCUAAUUUCUUAACUUUUUACUUAAGGAGAAACAUAAGAAAUUGCGCAAUGAAAAUUUCCAAGAACCUUUUUGAGGAAUAGCAACUUUGCUUAACUUUCUUCUUAAGUCUAUAGUUAAGGAAAACAUGUCAGUUAAGAAGAAAUGUCUUCUUAAGACAGUGUUGUGAAUCUGAGCCCUGGUAUUUACUUUGAAUUUGCAUGAUUAAAUGGCAGUAAGUUACCUAAUAUUUACUUAGUAAUUACAUUUUAGUUUCUUAAGGAUUCAUUGGAAAAAGUAUAACUUGGUACCAAGUAGUUACCAACCUGAGUUGAAUUGUUUGAAAUAAUGACCAGAAGGCAGAAGGUGCCCUUUGAGAAGCGACCUACUCUGUACUCUGCUGUGGUGUUACCACUUAAUAUCCUUCUGAAUACUAUAGAAAUACCAGCUAAAAGAGGACUGUAAAUAGAGUUUUAUGAAAUUAUUAAGUGUACAUAUUUGAACCCUGACUCUGUGACCCCUGACCCUCUGUAGACAGCAAUUGCACAGUGCAGUAGUAGUAUUUUUUUGCAAGACCUGUAGCUGAUGAUUAUAUUUAAAAAUGAAUACAUAAAUAUUUAAAUGGAGUAAACCAAUACAAUAUAUAAAGAUUUCAAUUUAACUUAUUUGGAUAAUGUGUUUUAAUUGAAAAAAGUCCUCUUGCCAAGACUUUCGUGGUCAAUAAUGAAAAACAAUUGGUUUCUUGUUAUUAGUAAUUUAUGAGUUUGGAUAUUAAAUGAUUGAAUGGAGAUUCAGAGGUUGUAGUAGUUUGUACUUAUAUAGCUGGCGGUGUAGAAGGUUGUUUCUGUAACAAGGCUAUAUUACUGCCCAGCCAGACAGUGGCCAGGCCCGGUUGGCUGCAGCAGAAACAGACUGGCACCAGAGCUGGUUUCUAUCUAGAGGUGCCACUUGGCAUCAAGGGUAAAGAAGACCAAAGCACAUUCUGACACAAAGUUAGGGGAGGUAGACGUUACACUUUAACCACUGAUCCAGGAUCAGAUAUGUCCUCAUCCCCCUGUUUGUUAAGGUUAGAAUUGUGGUUGGAGGCUUGAAUCUAAGCUGAUCCUAGAUCUGUGGUUUAGGGAGUGAAGUGACUACAUGUCUGACCUUAGGGUUUGACGUCUGGGAGGUUGCCAUGGUAAUGGGUGUCACCUGAGCCCUCCCCUCAUCAAUCUAUCCAAUUAGAGGACAGAGUCACUCUACACCUGAGACGGCCUGGCUAUAGGACGAUAAACUUUAUCUUUCUGCGGUGUUCUGUCUAGUGGGGUUUUGCUGCUGAUAUUUUUUGUGACGUAGUAAAUUGUCAUUUUGGAUUUUGACUUAGUCAUAUUGUUUCAUGGGUAGAUUCACAUGAGAGAGUUGAAGAUACUCUCUUGACCUGAUCAGCUGUUCUGCACCAUCAGCACACAGACAGACCCACCAUGGCUUUACUCCCAGACAUGUAUUUACAGCAUUGAGCCCGUAGAGGGCACUACAUGAACGGAAAUUGGGUGUCCCACUGACAACUUUAGAAUAGAACACCCUGGCUAUGUCCCAAAGCUCUUUUAACAUUUACUUUCCUCAUCUCCUUUCAUUUAUGUCACUGAGGGGGGAAUUAUAUAGUAUAGGUGUUGUGUUAUAUUUAACUCUCAAACAUUUAAAGUCCUAUGGCAAGAGAAGUGAGGAAAGGAGAUGGUAUAUUAUGUUUGGGCUAUUGGGACAUGGUCAUGAUAUGUCAUGUGUACCUAUGGUUUCCAUGGUAACAUGGGUCAAAUGUGACCUCUGAUCUCCACCAUUCCACUUCUCACUUACCCAGGAGGUGUUUUUAUCUCUGCACCAAUCUAAACUAAUCACCCGACCAAUGCCUGAAACUCUGCUUUUUGUGGUCUUCUGUAUUACUGCUAAGUGUCAGCAUAUAUUUUGAUAUAUUUAACAAUGAGGGAUCUAAAAGUCUAGAUAUUUUUGGAGUAGAUAAAGGAUGUGUGUAUCAGAUAACUAUCACUUUGUCAUGCUCUCUGAAAAUCUCUUGGGUUUUUGGUAACAAUUCUACAAUCCCUGCUGAUUUAAUGUUCCAUUGAAAGACUAUUUAUAAAGUUUAAGUCCUUUG